UGAGGUUAUACGGAACUGUCAGAGAUGGAAAUUAAAAAAUGUAAAUAGGAUAAAUUUAUUUUAAUCAUGUGCCCCAUACAGUUAUGACAGCUUUCCAUCAAGAUAUACUGAAUGUUGUGCAGGCGAAAUUUUUAUCUACGGAAAUAGUUAAAUGUAUACAUCUCAAUGUUUCUUUAGUUGACAGUCCUUUGAGUAAGUUUUAUAGGAUAUUUGCACUGGUAGAGUACAACAAAUCCUUUGCUUUAUUUGUACUGAUCUCAGAGAAGAAACUUCCAAAAGGCAUUACGGACUUAUCUAUUGAAACAGUUAUACCUAUUAAUCAAUAUUUUUCAUGUGAUACUGAGUUGAUCCCCGACAACCAAAGAUUUUUAGUGUUUAUUGCGAAAUAUAAACAAGUCAGUUUAAAAUACAAAAUUGAAAUUGGAUUGGAAAGUUCAAAGUUUGCAUCUGAGGUUAUCCGUUCAAAAGAAAUUACAAACAGCAGUGAUUCACCAUUAAAUACAACUUGGUGUGAUAAAUAUACAUUAGACAAUAAAAUGGAGGAUGAUAGCUUAGUUACACUCAGACCAAACACAUCCAGUUUAAAUCUAAGUGCAGGCAAAAGGGAAUCAGUCCUAAAGUAUCAACUUAAAUUAAAAGAACCAGAUUACACAAGAAAAGAAGAAUAUACAAUAUUUUGUGGAACAUGGAAUGUAAACGGACAACCACCUCCCACAGAAAGACUUACAGAUUGGCUUCAUUGUGAUAGAGCACCAGAUAUUUAUGCUGUUGGAUUUCAAGAGAUUGAUUUAAGUAAGGAAGCUUUUUUGUUUAAUGACACGCCAAGGGAAGCAGAGUGGUAUAAUCUUGUGACAGCUACAAUAAACACUGAGCCGAACAUGUACAAAUCUGUUGCCAUUGCAAGACUUGUCGGAAUAUUAUUAAUAGUAUAUAUAAAAAAAGAGCACAUCAGUUACAUUAAAAACGUGUCAAUAGAUACUGUUGGCACAGGAAUUUUGGGGAAAAUGGGAAAUAAGGGUGGUGUAGGAGUGAGUUUUACUUUAAAUAAUACAACAAUGUGUUUUGUAUGUAGCCACUUGGCAGCACAUGUGGAGGAGGUUGAGAGAAGAAAUCAAGAUUAUAAAGACAUUAUCAGUAGGAUGAACUUUAAAAAAUGUCCUAUGACUAUAAGGGAACAUGAUCAAGUAUAUUGGUUGGGCGACUUAAAUUAUAGAAUUAAUAAAUAUACAAAUCUUGAAGUGAAGAGUUUUAUUAGAAAUGGAGAUUACACACCACUCCUACAAAAGGAUCAGCUUAAUGAGCAAAGAGAUUUGGGAAAUACUUUCAUGGAUUUUCAAGAGGGUCAGAUCAAUUUUCAACCAACUUACAAAUUUAACAAAGAUUCUGAUGUGUAUGACACAAGUGAAAAAGCUAGACCUCCUGCUUGGACGGACCGAAUUUUGUGGAGAGGUCGAUAUAUUUAUUUACGAAAAUACGACAGCCACAUGAAGGUGAAGAUGGGCGAUCACAAGCCGGUUAGCGCCUUUUUUGUCGCUGAAAUAAGCGUAAUUGAUGAGGCUAAAUAUAAGGAAAUUCACGAGGAGCUGCUUAGAAAGAUGGACAAACAAGAAAACGAGUAUUUACCUCAGGUCACAAUAGAUAAAGUCGAGUUCAACUUUGAUCUCAUCAAAUUUGAGGAACCUCAAGUACAGGAAUUAAUAAUUGCCAACACGGGUGUUGUACCAGCGGAGUUUGAAUUUAUUAAAAAAUUAGACGAUGACAGUUAUUGCAAGGACUGGCUAAAAAUUAAUCCGUUUUGCGGCAGCAUAAAUCCAGGAGAAAAAUGCGACGUAAGAUUAGAAAUGACGAUGAAUUCGAAUGUACAGAAACUCUAUGACAUUCUUGUACUCCAUUUAAAAGGUGGGAAAGAUAUGUUUAUAACGAUAAGUGGGAACGUACAGAAGUCCUGUUUUUUCGCACCUAUUUCAAUGCUAUGUAGAAUUCCAUUACCCAUUAUGCGUUUAUCUGACGAACAGUGGAAGCAAGCGGAACAACUUGAGUCACCCAUAAUUUACUGCAUUCCUAGAGAAAUGUUUUUGUUAGUUGAUCACUUGUACAGGCACGGAUUGAAAACGAAAGAUUUAUUUGAAUCUAGCUCACUUCACGAGUUGAUAAGCAUAAGAGACUGGUUGGAUUUUGGGUCACUAGAUCCUUUUCCUGGAAGUGUACAAGCAGCAGCUGAAUCUCUAUUAUUAUUUUUAACACACACUAAAGAACCAGUUAUUCCUUACGAGCACCACGAUUCGUGUAUCGCAGCUUCCAACAAUUUUCACACUAGUAAACAGAUAAUUAUACAGAAGUUGCCGGAUUUGCACCGCAACGUUUUCAUGUACAUGUGCAUGUUCCUGCAGGAACUGUUGAGAUUUUCCUCGGAGAAUGGCUUUGAUGCGAAAACUUUGGCGUUGAUAUUCGGUGAUGCCCUUUUAAGGGACAAGAUUUUAAAUUCGAAGCCGCAGGCUAGUCGUGGAAAGUCUAACUUCAUUUACAACUUCCUCGUCAAUGACUUAAGUUCUUUGGUCAACCCCAUUAAGUAAUUAUUUUUGUUGUACAUAUUUAGUUUAUUAGAUAAUUCGUCCUGGCAACAGUAAUGUAACUAUAGAUUAAAGCUUUAAUGGACAAUUC